AAAUAAAAAAUUUUGAUUUGUAAAUUGAAAAAGAAAGAUGAGGAAUAGGCCUAAGAAAGAUGGUUCUUCAAAUUCAAAUUCAAAUUCAAAUUCGACUAGCAAUCAAGAAACAACUAGUGGUGGAAAAGGGACCGCAGAUUCGAACAGUAACAAUGAUGUUGCGGUGGUGACCGUUAAAAGAUCCUCUUACGCGAUACUCGCAUUGUUCGUGUUGGUGAUAUACGGCGCUUGGGGCGUUUAUCACUACCAAUUCGACACUCUCCCCUCGCCCAUGUCGCUCCAGCAGGUCGGGAAACGAGGGUUUUCCGAGCACGAGGCGAUGAAGCACGUUCAAGCUUUGACACAGCUGGGCCCACACUCCGUUGGCUCCGAAUCCCUCGAGAGGGCUAUAAAGUAUGUUGCGAAUGUGUCGGAAACUAUAAAGGCAAGUGCUCAUUGGGAGGUGGAUGUGGAAGUCGAUUUGUUCCAUGUGAAAUCGGGUUUUAACGGUCUGGUUGGCGGACUUUUUAAAGGGAAAAGCCUCGUUUAUUCGGAUUUGAAUCAUGUCGUUUUAAGAAUCUCGCCCAAAUACGCGUCCGAAGCAGGCGAAAACGCGAUUCUCGUCUCCUCCCACAUCGACACUGUGUUUGCAGGGGAAGGAGCUGGUGAUUGCAGUUCAUGUGUGGCUGUUAUGCUGGAGCUCGCACGAGGAGUUUCUCAGUGGGCCCACGGAUUUAAAAACUCUGUUAUAUUUUUAUUCAAUACCGGCGAGGAAGAAGGUUUGAACGGCGCUCACAGUUUUAUUUCUCAGCAUCCUUGGAGUGAUACAGUACGAGUUGCCGUUGAUUUGGAAGCAAUUGGUAUAGGUGGCAAAUCCGGUAUUUUCCAGGCUGGACCAAAUCCGUGGGCCAUUGAAAACUACGCUUCGGUAUCUAAAUAUCCGUCCGCACAAAUUGCAGCUCAGGAUGUUUUUACUUCCGGUGCUAUAAAAUCCGCAACCGACUUUCAAGUGUACCAAGAGCUGGCAGGACUUUCGGGUCUCGACUUUGCGUACGCAGAUAACACUGCUGUAUACCACACCAAGAAUGACAAGUUGAGUCUUUUGAAACCCGGUUCGCUUCAACAUCUCGGAGAAAAUAUGCUCGCUUUCUUGCUUCAUGCAGGUGCCUCGUCGACCAUCCCGAAAGAAUCGGAUACUUAUUCCAGCGAGGACAAAGCUAUAUACUUCGACAUUUUGGGAAUGUACAUGAUCACUUUCCGUCAGCGGUUAGCAAAUAUGCUCUACAACUCGGUGAUAAUGCAGUCCCUUUUGAUAUGGACCACCUCCGUUUUGAUGGGCGGUUAUCCGGCGGCAAUUUCACUCGCCCUAUCGAUAUUGAGCAUCGUGCUUAUGUGGAUAUUCUCCGUUGUUUUUUCCGUUUCCGCGGCCUUCGUAUUGCCCCUCGUAUCUUCCUCUUCGCCGAUGCCAUUUGUCGCUAGCCCGUGGCUCGUCGUUUUUCUUUACGGCGGACCUGCGCUCAUCGGAGCGUUGACCGGUCAACACAUCGGGUACCGUGCGCUGGAGUCGUACUUGGCUCGUAGUUUUGUCGAGAGGAAGCGAAGCUUGCCUGCCAGCUGGCAAUCCAGUGUGGCGAAAUUAGACGCCGAGAGAUGGAUUUAUAAAGCUGGUUUACUGCAGUGGCUUGUUCUAUUGAUGGUCGGGAAUUAUUUUCGAGUCGGUUCUUCUUAUUUGGCCUUCGCUUGGUUAAUCUCGCCUGCAUUUGCAUACGGUUUGCUCGAGGCGACAUUAUCACCAUCAAGAUUACCGAGGCAGCUCAAAACCGUGACACUAUUAGUCGGAUCGUUUGUGCCUUUUGUACUUUCGUCUGGCAUGGUUAUUAGAUUGGUCGCUACUUUAACCGGAACUACGGUUCGCCUCGUGAGGAACCCUGGUACAACUCCUGAUUGGAUGGGAAAUAUAGUGAUUGCCGUAUUUAUUGCUGCUGUUGUGUGUUUGACGUUCGUGUAUCUGCUCUCGUAUAUUCACAUAUCAGGUGCAAAAAUGCCAAUUAUAAUUACUGCAUCAAUUCUGUUCUUGAUCUCUCUUGCUGCGGUUUGGGGAGGUGUCGUUCCGCCAUUUACCGAAGAUACUGCUCGAGCUGUAAAUGUCGUUCAUGUUGUGGAUGCAACAAAAACGGGUGGUGAAAACAUCGAGCCGGCCUCAUAUAUUUCUCUAUUUUCAACAACCCCCGGAAAUUUAAUCAAGGAGGCCAAUGAAAUUGGGGAAGGCUUCGUCUGUGGGAAAAAUAGACAUUUAGAUUUCGUCACGUUUUACGCAAAUUACAGCUGUUGGACGAACAAGAAUGCUGAAAAAGGUUGGUUCAAAUCCAAUAUUCCAACAAUCCAAGUGGAUAAGGAUUUGAAAGGAGAUAAUCGAGAGACACAAAUCUCGAUCGACACCAAAGAUUCCACUCGGUGGUCUCUCGGAAUUAAUACCGUAGAAAUCGAAGACUUUCAGUUAAAAGAUGCAGAAACUAACGAGGAGUUGAUUCCGCUAGGCGAAAAGAGCAGCGUAGAUGGGUGGCACAUUAUCCAAUUUUCGGGUGGAAGAAAUUCGCCGACCAAAUUUAAAAUCUCACUCUUCUGGUUAAAUAGCGGGACCCACAUGAAAAUCGAGGAUGGUGUGAAAAACGAAGGCUUUGUUCUGAAACUCAGAACCGAUGUUGAUAAAUUGACACCACCGGUAGAAACUGUUCUCCGGAAGCUUCCGGAAUGGUGUUCCCUCUUUGGAAAGUCUACUUCUCCUCACACGUUAGCUUUUUUGAGUAGUCUACCGAUUUCUUUUUAGGUAAUUCUUUUUUUUUUUUUUUUUUAAUUUUAAAUUUUGAAUUUAACAUAUUUGAAAUGUGAUGUUUAGUUAUAGAAACCGUCUUCUACGUCACAUUAAUCACCUCGAAAUGAUCGAUGAUUUUACGGAUAAGUUUCUAUUAUUUUUUUUAUAGUGAGAGAAGAGUAUUUGAGGGUGAAGUUGUCUUUUGACAAAUCUUGUUUAAUAUCAAUUAUAUAUGUGAUUUUUUUU